GGUGAUUGGUUGAUGAGGCUGUCCAUCAGUCGUGGUAACACUUCCGGGUGAGCGACUCGGGCCUACGGCUGAAAUCUAAACUCGAAGGACCUGAAUCUCCACCGAGACACCAUGGGGGACUCAGCCGGUGAGGAUCGUUUUGACGGAAUUCUACUCGCCAUGGCCCAGCAACACGAGGAUGGUGUACACCAGCUUGUAGAUACAUUCUUCAGUUUCCUGAGGCGUAAAACUGACUUUUUCACUGGUGGAGAGCAAGGAGCAGCUGAAAAAUUGGUCACAGAGACAUUCAAGCGCCACCAAAAGUUAGCGGUCCAGGCUCAGAUGGAGAAAGAGGUGAAACGGGAAGCUGAGAAAAAGGAGAAAGUGGAGCGAGCACUGAUUACAGAGGCAAAGGAGAAAUCAGUGUCUGAACCAAAGCAGCCAAAAAUCAAAGAGCUAACGGAUGAGGAGGCAAGUAAACUGCAGAGGGAGAUUGACCAGAAAAAAGAACAAGAAAGUGUUGGGGAUGGAAUUAUGGCCAAUGGUGAAAAACCCUCGGAAGACCAGGAUUCUAAACAGGCAGAGUCCGAAUCUGAAGGUGAAGAGGAUGAAAAGGAUAAAGGGAAACUGAAGCCUAACGCUGGAAAUGGUGCUGAUCUGCCCAACUACCGGUGGACCCAGACCCUGUCUGAGGUGGAUCUUCUGGUACCAUUCCAAGUCAACUUCAGAUUGAAGAGUCGGGAUCUGGUUGUGGAGAUCCAAAGGCGUCACUUGAAACUGGGUCUGAAAGGCCACCCACCCGUAAUUGAUGGUGAGAUGUUCAAUGACGUGAAAGUGGAGGAAAGCUCAUGGCUGCUGGAAGAUGGAAAGAGUGUAAAUGUACAUCUGGAGAAGAUUAAUAAAAUGGAAUGGUGGAACAAAAUAGUGACAACGGAUCCUGAGAUUAAUACCAAAAAAAUUAACCCUGAGAAUUCGAAGUUAUCGGACUUGGAUGGUGAGACACGGAGCAUGGUAGAGAAAAUGAUGUAUGACCAGCGCCAGAAAGCUAUGGGACUACCCACUUCAGAGGAGCAGAAAAAACAAGACAUGUUAAAAAAGUUCAUGGAGCAACACCCUGAAAUGGACUUCUCAAAGGCUAAGUUCAGUUAAAGACAUAUACCUGCCCUGGGGCUGAAGGGGAUACUCAGACUAUUGGAAGAGUUUCUGCAAAAUGGUUACAUUAUGAGCAUCGCCUUGUGCUGUGCAUCCUAAAUCCCAAGUUCGUACACCAUUUGGGUUGUUCUUGAGUGCAUAGAGCAUCUGAUAUCUGCAUUGCAGUCACCCUACUGCAUUCAUCAGCUGACAUUAACCCAUAUAUUUGCAUUUUCUGGCUGGCCUCAUGACAAUCUUAGCACCUUCUUGGUGCAUCACUUUCACAAACAGCUGUGAACUGGAUUGAAUGUUUAGUUACUUUUGACCUGACAUACUGAUGAUUCCACUUCUCCUUCAGUUACUAUCUGGCAAUGUGUGUUGCUGUCACAGUGGUCAUUGUUGUCUUUCAACAGGACUUUUCCUGACCAUAUCUCUGCAUGAAUGAAAUCUCCCAUUGAAACACAUUGUAUAUCAGAAGCCACCCAGAAAAUGCUUGAUGAUCCUUUAUUCUUCUUUGUCUUAAGUUCAGAUGAGAAUGUGUGUGUCAAUAACAUUUGGCUACCAACACAUAAUGCAAACAAGCUACAUUAGAAGCUCUCCUUGUUCACUCAACACUGAGGUUAUUCAGUGAGUGCUAUGCAAAACCCCACCUGCUGAUAAAGUGGAAAUGGCUGAACUCGCGUUCAACUUUGUGUUUCUUGUUGGUUGCUGUGUGCUCUAGCCCAGUCAUGGCCAUGUUGAUAGACAUCGCUGCUUUGAGAUGGGCUGUUUUGUAUUUGGUUUUGAAGUUGUUUGGUUGACUGAACUGUUGCACAUUUCCAGGUGAAGGGCAAAGUGUUGUAAAUAUAUGGGUCAUUGCUCUCCAUUUCCUUAUCUGUGUUUCCAGGUCAGUAACAGGGUGGCUAGAUAAAGUAGUGUCUUCAUGAAGCAUGUUAUGUUUUCUAAAUAUUGGUUUGCAUUGAUGCACUGGAACAUAAUGCUGAAAUUCAUUUCUCAAUAAAGCCAAGCCACUGGCAGUUGUGUGGCAA